CAGAGGAAACCGGUGGCAUACCUAUCAAAGCUGUUAGACCCUGUGAGCAGGGGUUGGCCGAGCUGUUUACAAAUCAUUGUUGCUGCUGCCCUAUUACUUGAGGAAACAAAUUGCAUUACUUUUAAUGGAGAAGUUAUCUUAUAUGCGCCUCAUAACAUCAGGGGAGUGCUGCAACAAAAGGCAGAAAAAUGGCUUACAGAUAGCCGAUUACUAAAGUAUGAGGGAAUACUUAUAGAAUCCCCUAAACUAUCUUUAAAAACUAUUGGAGCAGUUAACCCCGCUGAAUUUUUGUACCCAGGAGAAGGUAAUGAACUAUUGCACAAUUGUUUUCAAACAAUUGAACAACAAACACGCAUUAGGUCAGACUUAGAAGAAGAAGAACUACAAUGUGGAGAAGUAUUAUUUAUAGAUGGGUCAUCACGAAUAGUGGAAGGUAAACGAUUGUCUGGAUAUGCCAUCGUUAAGUGGGAAAAAGGAGAAUUUAAGAUAAGAGAAUCAGGCCCCCUGAGUGCCAGCUGGUCGGCACAAGCCUGUGAGCUGUAUGCAUUGUGGAAAGCAUUAGUGUCACUGAAGGGAAAGGAUGGAACUAUAUAUACAGACUCACGUUAUGCGUUUGGAGUAGUACACACUUUUGGGAAAAUAUGGGAGGAAAGAGGAUUUAUUAACUCACAGGGAAAAGAGCUGGUACACCAGGAAUUAAUUCGGCGAGUUCUGGGGGCAUUGAAAAUGCCAAAUAAAAUAGCAGUUGUACAUAUAAAGGGACACCAGCGAGGUAGAAGUUAUCAAGUUAGGGGAAAUAAUGCAGCUGAUACAGAAGCAAAACGAGUGGCAGGCAAUUAUAAUAUAAUUCUGACUAUGCAACAAGUACCUGUUAGUAAAAAUUUGAGUUUUGAGUCUGCAGAAAAAGAAAAACUAGAACAAAUGGGAGCUAAGGAACAGGAUGGGAAAUACAUAUUGCCAGAUGGGAGAGAAGUCUUGCCGAAGGGCAUAGCAAUUGAAAUAUUUUCAAAAAUACACAGCAAAACACACUGGGGAACUCAGGCAUUAGUUGAUCAUUUCAAUCGACAGUAUGCCUGUAUAGGCGUAUAUAAUAUAGCAAAGACAGUCACGGCAGCCUGCGAGAAACAGAGACCUCUUGGGGGACGUUCCCCAGCAUACAGACCUUUCUCACAUAUACAAGUAGAUUUUACUGAACUACCUAGGGUAGGGCGUUACAAAUAUUUAUUAGUAAUGGUGGAUCACUUAACACAUUAUGUUGAGGCUUUUCCUACCUCCAGGGCAACCGCUAACCAAGUCACUAAAGUGUUACUUGAACAUAUUAUACCUCGAUAUGGAGUACCUGAAGUAAUCGACUCGGACAGAGGAACACAUUUUGUGUCAAAAAUUGUUAGAGAUCUAACAGAAAGCUUGGGUAUCAAGUGGGAAUACCAUACACCAUGGCAUCCACAAAGUUCAGGAAAAUUUGAAAGGAUGAAUGGAGAAAUUAAAACUAUUUUGACUAAACUAAUGAUAGAAACCAAAUUAUCAUGGAUUAAAUGCCUACCUAUGGCACUAUUAAUUCUCAGAACCAGACCCCGAGCAGAUGUAGGAAUAUCAGCGUUUGAAAUGGUGUAUGGAAUGUCCUACAGAAUUGAAAGCCCACAAACAAAUGUUUUAAUUAGAGACCGUGUGAUUAAUGAAUAUGUUUCACAAUUAGCAGAACAUCGUAACCAGCUUUGGGAACAUGGACUGAUUGUGCAACGACCCCCGUUGGACUUAAAAAUACACAAAGUUAAACCUGGGGAUUGGAUAUUGAUUAAAGUGUGGAAGGAAGAAACCCUAAAACCCAAUUGGGAGGGACCUUAUCUCGUUUUGUUGACAACAGAAACAGCUGUCCGGACUGCUGAGCGUGGAUGGACUCAUGCCAGCCGCAUUAAAGGCCCAGUGACGAGACCCCACUGGAAAGUAAUCAGUACUCCAGUUCAAGCUGCAAAGUGGGAAGCCUAUGUAAACAGGCAGAAAUCCCGAAACAGCUGUUCUCCUGAAGAAUUCCCUUGCUGCCGAGAAGAUGUUGCACCCCGUGACUCGAAGCAACCGAGUCGACGGGCGAGGCAGAAGAGGAACAGACUGUGGAGAAAAAAAUCAGAACAAUGGGACGCAAAAGCAGGAACAACAGAGCUUCCCCAGGAUUGGUAAAAAUCUACUUAAAUUGGUAAAAUUGACAGACACCCUUUUUCCUGGUAUACCGUUAGUCUUGAUAUUGAUAAUAACCCUGGCAGAAGGGGGAAACCCACAUGAACCAUUCAAGUGGGAACUAAUAUCUUGGGAAGGAACGAGAACAAUAGCCACUUUUAGCAACACAGGUCCACCAGAAUUCAUAGUAAAACUUUGUGAUUUAGUACCGAUACAUUGUGGAAAAGGACCUCCAUUUUAUAUAUGCCCGGCUUCUGGACCGUCUUACUGUAAUUAUCCCGGACAUUAUUAUUGUGGUUAUUGGGGAUGUGAAACAAUAGCCUCGGGCUGGUCAGUAAAGGCCCCUGAUAAAUAUAUAAAAGCAACCUGGACUCCUAACAGAUGUGUACCUGAACAAACAGGUGUAGAUCUUACAGGUCUGCGUGACGUGGAUUAUGUAGCUUCACGAGACAGGGAAGUCUGUACCCGCAUCAAAUUUCAAGUAAUACAGCCCUUAGGAGACAAGUGGUUAAUAGGACUAACAUGGGGAAUACGUGUCAAUGGAGGAAUUCCUAAAGACGGGGGAAGGCAUUUUCUCAUAAGAAAAGUUAAAAUACCACAUGAUUCACUCCCUGUUGGGCCGAAUAAAGUAUUGAAUUCACCCAUUUCCCCUACGAAAAAGAUAGUCCCCGCAAGUGUUACAACCACUUGUCCAAACCCCUUAUCGAUAACAAAUAGAACAGCUAAUGACGUGGUGACUGGUAGGGAUUCAGGUGUGCUGAAAUCCAAAGACCCUUUAUGGGAUUUAAUGCAAGCCUCUUAUCGUGCCCUUAAUGAAAGCAAACCAAAUUUAACUAAGGAAUGCUGGUUAUGUUAUAAUGUUAGACCACCAUAUUUUGAGGCGAUUGGAAAACCAGCUAAGAUUCAAUGGUCUAGUGGUUCAAACCCACGAGAAUGCCCAUGGAAUGACCAGAAAAACCAUACGCAGGGAAUUACUAUUCAAUUAGUAACAGGUCAAGGAAAAUGUAUCGGUACAGUGCCCAAAAAUUAUCAGCCUUUGUGCAAACAAACAACAAUAAUCACUACAAAAACUAUAAAGAGACACAAGAAUAGAAAUGACAAAUGGGCUAUCCCGACACCAGGAGCUAAAUGGGUUUGUUCAGACAUCGGAGUAACGCCUUGCCUAUCCCUAAACGUGUUUGAUCAAUCUCAGUUCUGCGUACAGGUGAUAAUUGUUCCUCCUCUAAUCUAUCACACUUCUGAGGAAGUGUUACGCCACUUUGAAGGAGACCUGAAUAUACAAAAAUGAGAACCAAUUACAGUGGUAACCUUAGCUACACUGCUAAUAGCGGGUGGAGUCGGAGCAGGUACAGGCAUAGCCUCCCUAGUAAAAAGUCAGGAAUUACAAAGUUUACAGACGGCUGUAGAUGAAGAUUUAGCAAAAAUAGAACAAUCUAUCCAAAAUUUAGCCACUUCAGUAAAGUCUUUAUCGGAAGUAGUGCUGCAAAAUAGAAGAGGAUUAGAUUUAUUAUUCCUAAAAGAAGGGGGGUUAUGUGUAGCGCUAAAUGAAGAAUGUUGCUCUUUUGCUGACCAUACGGGAGUAGUUCAGGACACUAUGUCUGAACUCCGGAAAAGGUUAAAUCAACGUAGAAAAGAUCGGGAGG